AUGUCGUACAAGGGCAGCAGCGGUGGAUUUUCCAGACCGAAUGCCUAUGGAUCUGCUGAAGAGGAAAGCUUGUAUGUGGACAAGAAUAGCGUGGUGCACUAUGAUGGUGCUCCCAAACUGGCUGAGGAAUAUGAAGAGCGAGUGAUGUUGGGUUUCCAGACCUUGACAACAGCUGAACGGGCAGGCUAUGCGGCCAAGCUCAAGAAUGCGCUGCAUGGUAGGGCAUGGACACUUUGUCAUAGAAAACCUGAAAUCAGUGCAACCAAGCUGUUAGAUCUGUCAAAAGGAACUGGUGAUGGACAAGGCCCACAAGAAGCCGUGAAACUGGUUGUAUCAACUGUGCGUAAAGCUUGUGAAAGAGUUGCACCGUUGUUGAAGAACCAGGCCUUUGAAGACUUCUUUUUUGAGAAGGGCAAGCGCCGAUCUGGAGAGCCAAUUUCAGAUUUCAUUCAGAGGCGAGAGAAUGAAUAUGAAAGACUGCAAUCUCUGUCUCAAGGUCAUACAACGCUGUCAACUGACCUUCAAGCCUUUUUCCUGCUUCGAAACAGUGGUGCCUCAAUUCAGCAGCAGAAGGCAAUUUUGGGGCAGGCUGGCAAUGAGUUUGACUGGGACAAGAUUGUGGAGGCCAUGAUGAUUCAGAUGGACAACGAUCACUCCGGAUCGUGGCAGAAAGGAGGUCGAAAAGGAUAUAACCCUCCAAGUACAGCAGCUUCUUCCAAAGGAUGGGCUUAUGCAGUGGAGGAAGAAACUUACAAUGAGGAAUCCAUGGAGUAUGAUGCUGGUGAUGAAUACUAUGAGCAUCACACUGAUGCAUGGGUGGCUGAUGACACUACAGCCGAUGAUGAGGGCAUCUAUGAUGACAUCGAAGAGUUCGAGCAAUCUCUGGAAGUGCUUGUGGUCGAUUCCAUGUCAGCUGAGGAGUUGGAGAUUUUCGCAGUUGAGAGCCAGCGUUUGGCCAGGUCUGCGAGCCACUAUGCCCAGAAGCGUAAGAUGGUGCAGAAGGGCAAGACGAACCGAGGAUUCAAUCCCAAUGCCAUUGCCCACAACCGCACUGCAGUGUCGUUGGAUGGCAAACUGACUUUGAACAGUGGACAGCUUCAGGACACUUUAGCCCAGGUGAAAUCGAGAACCAAAUGCCAUGCUUGCGGCCAGCAAGGUCGUCGAGGUGGUUUUCUUCAAAGAGCUGGUGUUGCGGCAGCGAUGAUCAUCACUGGAGUGACUGGAUCAGUGGUAGUUGAAGAUGCUCCGGCCAUGUCUGCGGCCGACAUUUUCAUGGUGAAUGACAUGCAGCUCACCGCAACUGAUAUUCCUGGAAGUGUGCAAGUGUUUGCAAACCACAGCAGCAAUGAUGAGAUGAUUCCACCUGGCUUUGCAGUGAUCGACACGGCAGCUUUGCUUGGAUGUGCAGGUGACAACGCUCUGGAUCAAUUCCUGCACACCUUUAAGGUGCAGCAGCUCAAGGUUGGACUUGCGGGCCGUGAAGCUCGUGUGGCAUUGCACCGACUUAGCAAUAGCCGGGUCCCUAUCCUUUUUGGUCUUCCUCAACUUCGUGCUCUUGGUGCAAUCCUCAAUUUAGAGGGCAAGUAUGGUCCUUCAGUGGUUUUCUCCAAUGUCAGCCAAGACAGUGUGCCAUUGAAGUAUUCCAGAACUGGCCACCUGAUGAUUGACAUAGCCAAUUGGGGUCGGACAGUGAAACGGAAACAAACCAUCAUUGACACCAAGCACAUCGAAGUUUUCCCAGUGAUCAAUGCCGAGACCUCGCAAGCUGAGAAAAGAAUUUUGAGAACCAAGGAGAGAAAGAAAGUGCAGAAGAUGGCUGAUGAGGCGAAGGCUCAUGGGAAAGCAAUUUGGAAGGUUCUGAGAGGGGAUCAAAAGUCCAAAGAGCAAAUCAUGGUGAAAGAGCUCUACUGCGGACGUGGUGGAGGUGCAGUGACGGCAGCAGCCAAGAAUGCUGGAGUGGCAGUUGGUAGGCCGAGAGACCUUGUGCUCGGUGACAACUUUCUGAACUCAAGUGAGCAGCAUCAGAUCAUGCAGGAGUUGGAGGAAGAGGACCCCCACACUGUGGUCAUAGCCUUUCCAUGUGACCCUUGGUCCCCACUUUCCAAUUUCAAGGACGACUACCUCAAGCAGUGGGAACAGUCUGAAGCUUUCAAUCACUUGAAGUUUCUCAGAAGAGUUUGCCAGAGUCAGACAAGACGUGGUCGACAUUUUCUGAUUGAGAAUCCAGCUUCAUCGCAAGCAUGGAAGCUGAUGCCGUGGCUUUUGGAAAUGCCACACCAUACCAUCACUAUGCACCAGUGCCGAUUUGGUCUCAAAGAUCACAACAAGAACUUCAUCCUCAAGCCGACACGCCUUGUGUCAAGCUCACCAACAAUCGCAGCAGAGAUGUCGCUGAAGUGUCUGGGAGAUCAUGAACACGCCCCUGUCCAAGGACGUGGUCGUGGAGUUUCAGCGUCCCUGGCAGAAUGGACACCUGAGAUGGGCGAAGCCAUACUACGAGGCAUUUUGCUUCAAUUCCAAUAUGAUGCAGCAUGUGGCUUCCCUGUCUAUGACAUGCAAGAUAUGCCGGAGAACUUUCACCCCACCGAGGUUUUUGUGAAUGAUGCUGAUCGUCUAAGACGAAGUGCAGCAGUUGUCUUCCGCGAAGCGGAAGAGUCCGAAUUCAAUGUGUGGUCGGACGUGCCUUCAUUGCUGAGGUCUGCAAUCAUCAAGGUGCAUAAGCAGUACUCCCACAGUCUUCAAGGAGACGAACUUGUGAGACAUCUGAGACUGGGAGGUGCAUCUGAGACGGCAGUCAAGGCUGCAAAGCUCUUUUCAUGUGAAGUUUGUGAACGUGAAGCUAGAAACCUGCCGAGACCAGUAGCUGCAGUUCCAAAGUAUGAGAAGUUUGGUGAAUGCAUCGCAAUGGAUGUUGCUUUCGUUCCAUGCCUCAACGAUCAUCUUCAUGCUUUUCUGGUGGUUGUUGAUAUGGCUACGCACUUCACUGUGGCAUCUUAUUUGUGCUCAGGUGAGAACCCAGGUGAUACUUGCAAGCCGACAUCAGAGCAAACUCGUCGGGCCUUGCUGGACUGGUGUGAACUCCUGGGGAUCCCUCAACGGUGCCAAAUUGACCAAGAUAGCAGUUUCAGAGGAAUUUUCAAAGCAACUCUGGAUACUUUUGGCAUCGAGGACAUUUUGGUUGCAAGAGAUGCUCACUGGAGUCAUGGCAUGGUGGAACGAAGAGUUUUGAUGCUGAAAGAGAUGAUAGCCAAGGUAGUUCCUGAGUUCGAGGUUUUUCACCUGCUCAAUGUGUUUUGGGAACCAACACCACCUUGCCUGAAGUCAUCACUGGUGGAAGAUUGCAUCCUGCUUUGCAACGAAAUGACUUUGAUGGAGCGCAGAUUGCACUUGCAGCAGCUAUGUGAAGAAAGCUUUGCAAAAGCGAGCCACAACAGUGCUCUACGCCGAGUUCUUCUAUCCCAAGUUCGGCGUCAACCUGGACCCUUUGAACUUCACAGCAUGGUCAUGUACAAGCGGAAGAUGGCCAAACAUGCCAUGCAUCACACGUGGCAUGGUCCUGCAAGGGUCAUAGGAAAAGAUGUUCAUGGAUAUUGGUUGAUUCACAGAGGGAUGCCAAUUCUUGCUCAUCCCAACAACAUGCGCAGGGCAGUGGACUCAGAGAUGUAUGACAACCCUGGCGCACCCCCUGCAGAUGAUGAAGAUGGUGAUGAUGGACCAUCUGAAGGUCCGAUGCCGGGCAGCCAACGUGGAGUCUUGGACUUGACUCGAGAGAUCCCGGACAAUCCCAUCGAGCGUGCUGAUGGCUUGGACUUUGUGCCUCAGUCCCGCUUUGGAGAUGGACUUCCAAUGUCUUCACAUCCUGCAGAUCAACCAGACCAAAGUUUCGAACCGCCUGAUUUGCCCUAUGAUGAGAAAGAGUUUGAAUAUCAAGCCGAAGAUCUACUUGAUCCACAACAACUUCCUGAAGAUCUUCAAAUGAUCGAGGGCAAGGCUGAUGGAUGGCAAAUUCGAGCUGGUCACGGACCCACCGAACUGGUGACCAAUCCGGAGAACUACAUUCUUCCUGAUCCUUUUCCGGAGUUUGAACUUCGAACUACACGGGUCAAACUUCAAGAUGGAUGGUAUGUUUUGGAAGAUCGUGCUCCCUGGAAAGAACAGCCAAAUCCUGGAAGGCCUGUCGAGCAGCCCUAUGAAAAGAUGAUCGCAGUUUUCAACAGAGAUGAUGGCUACCGGGCACCCCCUCAUGGACUUCAGGAGGAUGAGGUGAUCCUGGAUGAAAAGCCUGAAGAGAGAAGGCUGCGAAGUGUUUCCAGAUCUUCACGGAGGAGGAAACGGCGAAGGAGAGCCAAGGAGAAGGCGAUGGAUGAAACAUCAAUUCCCGAAGAACCUCAAAGCCAACAAAACUUUGAGGAACAACCUGAACCUGCAGAACGUCGACGGGAAGCCUUGGAUGAUGUUCCUCAUUCUCUGAAAAGGGGCUAUGCAACCGAAAGUGAAGAUCCUGCCAAACUUGCACGGCAUGAGGAAGAGCGUGAUGUUGGUGAAUCAAAACAUCAUGAUGAAACAGAUGCUCUUUUUGCUGCUUUCAUGGCUGACAGGUUGUGCGAUCACUAUGAAAAGCGCAACAAGCAUGUCGAGUACAACCACAAGAAAGUUUAUGAGCAGCUGAAGGAAUUUUCAAAGUCUGUCAUCGAUGAUGCCAUGCAACGUGGUUUGGACAAGGAGUUUUCCACAUGGAGCAAGUUUGAUGCAAUUGAGGUGAUUUCCCCAGCCGAAGCAUCAGAGAUUCGGCGCACUCAAAAGGACAAAGUGAUCAGUUCCCGGUGUGUCUGGACUCGAAAAGAAGCUGAGGAUGGAAAGCUGGAAAUGAAAUGCCGAAUUGUUGGACGUGGUUUUCAAGAACAAUUUGAUGAAGGUCUCCGACGAGACAGUCCAACAUGUUCUCAAUUGCUGGUGAAUUUGAUUUGUUCCAUUGCAGCUAGCCGUGGUAUGAAGCUGACAGCAGCUGAUGUCCGAGGUGCUUUCUUGCAAGGGCUGAAGAUUGAACGCGAUUUGUACUUUGAGUUGCCAACCAAUUUGGGCAGUGCAACAAUUGGAAACAUCGCACCAGGUUCACUUCUGAAGCUCAAGAAGAGCAUUUAUGGCGUCAAUGAUGCUGCGAGGCAAUGGUAUCAAUCCUUUCGUGCCAUUCUCAUCAAGCUUGGAUGGGAGCCACUUACCUUUGAGAAUGCUGGUUUUGUUUUUCGAGAUCAAACCACUCAACAGGUGUUAGCACUCAUGGCACUACAUGUGGAUGAUGUUUUGCUUGCUAUGGACUUUCAACGGUUUCCUGAUGAAUGCAGAAAGCUGGAGACAGACCUCAAGUCUUCGGUCGAAUGGGGAAGCUGGCAAGCAUGUUUGGAUGGAAGAGUGAAAUUCUGUGGACGAAGCUACAAACAGCUGAAAGAUUUCACUGUGGAGAUUGAUGUUGACGACUAUGUCAACUACAUGACUCCAUACCGUGUUGGUCGUGACAAGCUGAAACAAAGAGACCGUCCAUUGACUGCAGAGGAACUUCGAGCAUUUCGAGGAGUGCUUGGACAACUGCAGUGGUAUGUUCGUAUUGCUGGGUAUGACCUACAGUUUGCAGUCAGCCAACUCGCAAGCCAAUUGAGAGGUCCAACAGUUGGUGAUUUAGCUGAAGCUGCAAGACUUUCAAGGAUGAUUCAGCAAGAACAUCGUGGACGCAAAAUGGUUUUUCGUCCUGGAAUCAACUUUGAGAAAGAUGAGAUAGCAGUGGUAGCAAUUCAUGAUGCAAGCUUUGCAAAUACCGAGGGCCACAAGUCGCAAAAGGGCCAUUGGAUUGCAUUAGCAAACAAGGAGAUGUUGCAUGACAAAUCGAAACUUCAUCGCAUGCACAUGCUACAGUGGCAUUCUGGAAAAAUACAACGGGUAGUGCGAAGCACCCUCUCAGCAGAAGCAUAUUCAUGUUCUGAAGCUUUGGAUUCAUUGAAUUUUCUGCGUGGGACGUUGUGUGAGAUGUUGCAUCUGCAACAAGUUUCCAAGGAGUAUGCCAACAAGCUCCAUACAAUUCCUGGUGUAUGUGUGACAGAUUGUCGAAGCCUUUACGAUUGUUUGCAUUCUGAAAGGACGCUUCUCUCUGACAAGCGAUUGAGUUUGGAAGCUGCAAUCAUUCGACAGUCCCUCACUGAGAAUAUGGAGAUUCACUGGGUUUCUACGGAACAGCAACUAGCUGAUUGCCUUACAAAGACUCUGGGAAAGAAGGGCUUAGCAUAUAUCCAACGUGUCCUGGAGGACAACCAAUGGAUGCUGGGGCCAGAUCCGAGAGUGGUGAUCAAGCGUGAAAGAAUCAGAGAUGAGAAGGCAGGGAAAAUAGCAUCACAACAAGAAAGCCAAGCUGUCAACAGUGACUAUGCACGGGCCAAAGCAAGGAAUGGCAUGAGUGCAAACACCCUUUUGGUGACCACAUUUGCAAGUUGUUUCACAAGUGUUGAAGGAAGUGCUGAUGAAUAUCAUCGCGUAUUCCCAACAGACUGGUUAAUGAUAGCAUCCGUAACUGCAGCAGUGCUUUUUGCAGGAAUCCUAUGCAGUUACCACUUGAUCCACCGAAGGACCUUGAAGGUCGUGACUUUGCGGGUCUUGGAGAAGUUUGAGCAGUGGUCGCUGGUAUCUUUUGCAACAUGGUUUUGUACUGUUUUUGCAUUUGCUUGUGGAGAAUUUCUGGAUGGAAAAUCUUCGAGUAGCUGGAACUUUGCAAUGUACAUCAUACCAAUAUGCAUUGGAUGUUACUACAUCAAGAACUACAUCGACAAGAGGUUUUCAGCGAUGACACAAGCUCUUCGUGAGGAGCAUCGGUCAAUCCUUAAACAAGUUUCUGAAGAAUUGAAGGUUCAUGGAGAACUUGUUAAAGAACAAUCAAGAGCAAUGCAGUAUAAGCUGGAAGGAUGCCGGGUCUAUCUGAAAGAUGCCAUGGAUGAUUUUCAAAACGGCAUGGACUUUGCUAUGAAUGGUUUAGCUACCAAUCAGCGACGACUCCAUGAGGAGAUAACCGCAACACAUGGUCGUAGUUUUCGUGUGCUGGAUGAAACCAAUUCAAGAGUUUAUGCAAUUCAACGUGGUGUCAGAAGACUUUUGUUAGAAGCUGAUGUUGGAACUUCUAGCAUGGGCUCAGAUGAGCGCCGUUCAGUUUUGAGAAGGAGAAUGAUUCGCCGAGAUGUGCCUGGGACACCAACCUCCAGUCCCGAUGUCUCAAUUUUCUCUGAAGAUCGUCCUCAAGAUGAUCAUGAAGCUGAACUGAUGAUGCUGGAUGCCAUACGUGAGAGCAAUCCCGACAUGGAUGAUGAGGAUUUGGUCGCCCACUUGACCGCCUCUAUAGAUGCAGCAACAAAAGAAAGAGACCUGGAAACCGUGCGUGAGCUCCAACGAAUGAUCAACCUGAUCAACUUCGAAAGGCCAACCGAAAAUGACUGA